UCGGAAGUUUGUCGAAUAUGAGUUGUUCUUAAGUCCAACCUAGACAAUAACACAUUUGAAACACAGCCAAUCAUUCUGAAAAAUCCAAAGGGGAGGGAAGAAAAAGCAUGGAUAUGGAGGAAGAAGCCAAUGAUCACCACACAAUAGACAUAUGGAAGGUAAUAGACAGAGAGAGGUUGGCGUCGAUGGAGCUGAAGAUUUCGGAGAAUCCCAAGUUGCUAAGUAAAUCAGCGGGAAAGAGAUCGUGCUGCAUCUUCAGGGUCCCGCAGAGCCUAAUCGAGGCCAACGGAAAAGCCUACCAACCUCGAAUCGUGUCCAUAGGACCAUACCACCGUGCCCAACCUCGUCUCAACAUGAUCGAGGAACACAAGUGGCGUUACCUCGGUUCCCUUCUCAACAGAACCAAAACCAAAGGUUUUGGCUUAGAUGAUUUAUUCAAAGCCCUUGCCCCUUUAGAAUCCAAAGCCAGAGAGUGCUAUUCAGAAACCAUCCCCCUUGACUCUCACGACUUCAUCCAGAUGAUGAUCCUCGACGGCUGUUUCAUCGUUGAGCUCUUUCGCAAAGUCGUUGGAUUAGUACCCUUUGAACGCGACGACCCUCUUGUUACCAUGGCCUGGAUAUUACCCUUCUUUUACCGAGAUUUUCUCAAGCUUGAAAACCAGAUCCCGUUCUUCGUUCUGAACCAGUUAUUCCAAGUUACAAAACUACCGGGAGAAAAGUCAACGUGGAAUCUGUCAACUCUGGCUAUGAUGUUCUUCAACAACUCGUUACAAAGACCAGACGAUGUUUCUGGCUGGGCAAACGUGAAUGGAAAACACUUACUCGACCUGGUUCGUUCCAGUUUCAUUCCGAACCACGCAGAAACUAGAGAGCCAAGAAAAAGAUUCACCACGCCGACCCACGUGAUCCACUGCGUCUCUAAGCUUCGUAGAGCCGGGAUUAAGAUCAGCCCCGGCAAGGAAAGCGAGAGUUUCCUUCACGUGACGUUCAGGCGCGGCGUGAUUGAAAUGCCAUCGCUUACAAUGGACGAUUUCAUGAGUUGCUUUUUGCUGAACUGCGUGGCGUUUGAGCAGUGCUAUGGUGGAUGCUCCAAGCACUUCACAGCCUAUGUUACUCUCUUGGACUGUCUCGUGAACACUUACAGAGAUGUUGAGUAUUUGUGUGAACGGAACGUGGUCGAGAACCACUUUGGGACUGAAGGAGAAGUUGCCAGCUUCAUCAACAACGCGGGAAAAGAUGUGGCGGUUGAUUUAGAUUUGUGUUAUUUGUCUCAGCUGUUCAAUGAUGUUCAUAGAUAUUACAGAAAUAGUUGGCAUGUUCAGUGGGCUAGCUUCAAGCACACUUACUUUGACACGCCAUGGUCGUUUAUCUCUCUUCUUGCGGCCUCCAUAUUGCUGCUUCUCACGGUGGCUCAGACCUACUUUGCGGCUUCUCAGUAUUUUGAAGACUCCGAAAAACAAUGAUCCUAAGCUCCAGUCGUUUUGGAAGGAAUAGUUUAGGAUCUUGUAGCCAAAAUCUCUGUUAAUUUUUGGUUCACUGAAAGACAAUUUGAUAAGAUAGAAACAUGAGUUUUAAAUUCGAUUAAUUGAAUUUACAUAUAGUUAAUG